AUGCUCGCCAGCCGUUUAAUUCCCAGAUACACCGUCCGACCGGUUGUCGCUCGGUCUACCCUCCCCAAGGUCGUUUCCGCCCCUGCUCUGUCGCAAUGGAGCCGUGCCUAUUCUGCCUCGUCAGACGAGAAGGAUCUUGUCAUCAUCGGUGGUGGUGUCGCCGGUUACGUCGCUGCCAUCAAGGCUGGUCAGGAAGGCCUGAAUGUCGCCUGUAUCGAGAAACGAGGCGUCCUCGGAGGAACCUGCCUCAACGUCGGCUGCAUUCCCUCCAAGUCUCUCCUCAACAACUCCCACCUGUACCACCAGAUUCUCCACGACACAAAGAACCGCGGUAUCGAGGUCGGCGACGUAAAACUGAACCUGGCCAACCUCAUGAAGGCCAAGGAGACGUCCGUUAACGGCCUCACCAAGGGUAUCGAGUUCUUGUUCAAGAAGAACGGUGUUGAGUACAUCAAGGGUGAGGGCAGCUUCGUCAACGAGCACGAGAUCAAGGUUGCCCUCAACGACGGUGGCGAGACCAGCGUCAAGGCCAAGAACAUUCUGAUUGCGACAGGUUCCGAAGCUACCCCCUUCCCCGGCCUUGAGAUUGACGAGAAGCGCGUCAUCACCAGCACCGGUGCUCUCUCCCUCGAGAAGAUCCCCGAGUCUAUGCUCGUCAUUGGUGGUGGUAUCAUCGGUCUGGAGAUGGCCUCCGUCUGGUCCCGUCUCGGCACCAAGGUCACCGUCGUCGAGUUCCUCGGACAGAUCGGUGGUCCUGGUAUGGACACCGAGGUCUCCAAGACCAUCCAGAAGCUCCUGAAGAAGCAGGGACUUGAAUUCAAGCUUAACACCAAGGUCCUCAGCGGUGACGCUUCUGGCGAGAAGGUCCAGCUCAGCGUUGACUCUGUCAAGGGUGGCAAGGAAGAGACUCUCGACGCCGAGACCGUCCUCGUCGCUAUCGGCCGCCGACCUUACACCGCUGGCCUCGGCCUUGAGAACAUUGGUCUUGAGACCGAUGAGCGCGGCCGUGUCAUUAUUGACUCCGAAUACCGCACCAAGCACCCUCACAUCCGCUCCGUCGGUGACGUGACUUUCGGUCCUAUGCUGGCCCACAAGGCUGAGGAGGAGGCUGUCGCUGCCAUCGAGCACAUCAAGAAGGGCCACGGCCACGUCAACUAUGCCGCCAUUCCCUCCGUCAUGUACACCCACCCCGAGGUUGCCUGGGUUGGCCAGAGCGAGCAGGACCUCAAGAACCAGAACAUCCCCUACCGGGUUGGAACCUUCCCUUUCAGCGCAAACUCCCGUGCCAAGACCAACCUUGACACUGAUGGCCUGGUUAAGAUGCUUGCUGACCCCGAGACUGACCGUCUCCUCGGUGUCCACAUCGUCGGCCCCAACGCUGGUGAGAUGAUUGCUGAGGGUACCCUGGCUCUGGAGUAUGGCGCCUCAAGCGAGGACAUUGCCCGCACAUGCCACGCUCACCCUACGCUGGCAGAGGCUUUCAAGGAGGCUGCCAUGGCCACCCACGGCAAGGCCAUCCACUUUUAA